CCUUUUGCGCCUGAACGAUGGAUUGUAUUUCAUAUUCGGAUUCAUCCACACGGCAACAAAGAAACGAACAAAGAUUUCACGUUCUUUCGAGUGUUUUGCAAUGACUCCUCAGUGCAAUACCGUGUCAAAUUUUACCUCACUGAUAGCCGUCAUAAAGCCAUUAAAACCACAACUUAUACGGGGGAACAUCAACAAGGUUUCUGUAAUUACGUUCGUCGAAAUGUUUUGAUCUCACGCAUCCAGCCAUCCGACGAAUUGAAAUUAACGGUUAUGUUUUCCUUGGUGCAAGGUGUUAUGACACGGUCGUUUAGCACAAAACCGUUUUCCCCGUUGCCUCUGGAAUCAGAAGUUGCUCAAGAUUUGGAGAUAUUCCGACAUGAAGCGAAACUCACCGAUUUUUGCAUUAAAACGCACGGAUGUGAGUUUAAGGUGCACAAAGCAAUUUUAUAUGCCCGAUCUCCGGUUUUUGCUGCAAUGUUACAGCCACACACGGAAGAGUUUCAAACAGGUCGCGUUGUACUGGACGAUAUCGACCCUGUGGUUAUGGAAAAUAUAAUUUGUUUCAUUUACUGCGGAAAAUGUCCAAACAUAAACGAAUAUGCCGUAGAUCUUUUCGCCGCCGGUGAUCGUUUCCUUCUUGAUGGAUUGAAGAAGAUGGGCGAAUACGUGCGUUCGAAACUUUUUUUUUAA